CCUUUCAUUUCUUUUUCUCUUUCUUUUUUUCUUCUUCUUUUUCACUCGGUGCUCAUCAUCAUCAUCAUCUUCUUCUUUUAAACAAAACAAAGAAGGGAAGAAGAUCGGUUUUUUGAUAUAAAUUUAAACCUUUUUGAGUAUUAGAGUGGAGUUCGGUGAGAUAUGGCGGUGGAGCUAAUGAUGAGCAGCUAUGGUGGUGGUGGUAGAGUCAAAGGAGGAGACAGCUUUUCUACGAAAAUGGAAGACACCGCCCUGAGAGAAGCUGCGUCUGCAGGGAUUCACGGCGUUGAGGAGUUUCUUAAACUGAUCGGUCAAAGUCAACUGACGGAAGAGAAUCAAACGGAGAUAACGGCGGUGACGGACGUCGCCGUUAACAGCUUCAAGAAAGUGAUAUCUCUUCUCGACAGAUCUAGAACCGGACACGCAAGAUUCAGACGAGCUCCUCCCACCACGACGGCAACGGCGAAAACAGAAGAUCGUGGAGGAGGAGGAGAGUGGAAGACGACGGAGGAAAAGCCAGAAACCACAACAACAGUGAUGAUAAACCGACAGAAAACAGAGCAAUACGGUGGAUCUGCGUUUAGAGUUUAUUGUCCGAUUCCAAUCAAUCGUCGUCCUCCUUUAUCUCACAACAAUCAGACCAAGAAUGGUCCGUCUUUGUCUGCUCCGAUACUCUCCAACGUAAGACCACCGCAUGAGCCUCCGUUGUCGACGAUAAACUUCGCGCCGUCGCCGUCGAACUCGUUCAUGUCUUCUCAUAGAUGUGACACAGACAGUAAUCAGAUGUCUUCAGGGUUCGAGUUCACUAACUGCCCAUCAUCUCAGGUCUCGGGUUCGAGAGGCAAGCCUCCAUUGUCGUCAGUGUCGUUGAAGAAAAGGUGUAAUUCCUCUUCUUCAAGAAGUUGUCAUUGUACCAAGAAAAGCAGGAAAUCAAGAGUGAAAAGAGUGACAAGAGUUCCUGCGGUGAGCAGCAAGAUGGCUGAUAUUCCAUCAGAUGAGUAUUCAUGGAGAAAAUAUGGUCAAAAACCCAUCAAAGGCUCUCCUCAUCCUCGGGGAUAUUACAAGUGCAGCAGCGUGAGAGGAUGUCCGGCGCGUAAGCACGUGGAGCGUGCACUCGACGACGCGAUGAUGCUUAUCGUGACGUACGAAGGAGACCACAACCACGCUUUGGUGCUCGACUCGCUUCCUGACAAACCUCUUUAAAUUCGGUCGUUGCCGGCGUUAGAUCUCAGCCGUUGGAUUUGGAGCAAAAGAAAGAAAAGAAAAGAAGUGACCCUACUUCUUGUAUCUCUGUCCACAAUCCAGAUUAGUCAACGACACAGUGGGCCUGCACUUCACUUUUUUUUUUAUUCUUUUAUAAUUUGGAAAAGCUUUUUGCUUUAUUUUUGCUGCUUUAAUGGGAGAGAGAAUAGAGAGGGCAAAGAUAAAGACGAGAGAGGAACGUUGUGGAUCUGAUGGAAGUUGAAUCAUGUGAAAGUCCUUUUCGUUUAUUUUUUAGGAUAAUAGCACUAUAUAUA